AUGAACUCGAAUUAAACGAAUAAUCAGAAGAAGCCCAAACCUAAAUUGUAGUUAAAUGUGAAUGUAGUUGAUGUACAACCCGAAAGCACUCACUCCUCGGAUGGGUGGAAAUAGCAAACUGAUAUAUUUUUCAAUGAACCUAUGUAUAGUUAUAUUUGUUAAAGUAAGUGAUUAGUCCCUAUAAUUUUAACAUAAUGGCAAAACAGUUGCAGAUGUAGCCCAAUUGAAAUGUGGAAGGAGAUAUUAAGAAGAUAGAGUACUUUGAUCUAUUAAUAUUAGUUUGUUGGAAUACCUAAUCUAAAUAUAAAUUAGGAGAUGUAAUUCUUUUACGCCAUAUACGAUGGACAUGCAGGUCAUUCAGUUUCAGCGAUUCUUGAAAAUAAGCUUCAUGAAUAUUUGUAGAAGGACUGCAAUUUUGAGGACAAUCUCGAGAAGGCCAUCAUAAAUAGUUUUGAGAGAAUGAAUCAAUACAUCUUGGAUUGUCAGGAGGAGAAUCAUCAUUUGGGUGGAUCGACAGCUCUUUGUGUGAUCAACAAACACAAAGACCUCUAUGUGGUGAAUCUCGGAGAUUCAGCAUGCGUUUUGAUCACUGAAGAACUCUAGAUACAGAAGUUGAAUUCGGAACACAAGUUGAAUAGGGAAGAUGAAUUCAAGCGAGUGGAAUAAAUAGCUACGAUUUUGGACAGACAGUGAGAUUUAUUAAAUAACGUAGUUCUAUUCCACGAAUAAAUGGAGAACUGGCAGUAACCAGGGCUUUUGGAGACAAGAAACAUCGACAAUCAGGUCUAAUUGCAAUUCCUGAGAUUAAAGUGCACAAAAUCCAGGCUAAUGACAAAUACUUGAUUUUAGCAUCGGAUGGAUUUUGGGAUGUAUGACAGAGCACUAUAUCAUUUUAGCUCAUUAAGAACGAGGAACUGCAGAACUUGAUUGAAAAUUGGAAUAGGAAAGAGAUUGAUUAAUUGGCCUAAUAUCUUCUUGACAAGGCAUCGUCUAAAAAUACAAAUUAUAAAAAGGAUAACAUGACUCUAAUUGUAAUAGAUAUUCAAUCUUAUUGGAAAUGA